AUUGUUUCUGCUUCAUCGCAAAUCGCAGCCACAGUCGCGUCACCAUGUCCUUUGCUAGUGCAAAAGUGCUUUCCACAACGCCAUUGUCCAACGACGAGUCGCGAUGGAUCUCCCUGAAUAAAAUCACCUACCAGGACCCCAAAGGCAUCGAGCGCGUCUGGGAAACGGCCGAGCGACGCACCCGCCCCGCCGGCGCCGACAUCGACGGCGUGGGCAUCGUCGCCAUCCUCGACAAGCCCGCGGGCAAGGAGAUUAUCCUGCAGAAGCAGUACCGCCCGCCCGUCGACAAGGUCGUCAUCGAGGUCCCCGCCGGCCUGAUUGACGCGGGCGAGACGGCCGAGCAGGCCGCCGUGCGCGAGCUCAAGGAGGAGACGGGCUACGUGGGCGUGGUGACUGAGACAACUCCCAUCAUGUAUAACGACCCUGGGUUUUGCAACACGAAUCUGCGCAUGGUGCACGUCACGAUCGACAUGGCGCUGCCGGAGAAUCAGGAUCUGAAGCCGGAGCUGGAGGAGAAUGAGUUUAUCGAGGUCUUUACCGUGCCGUUGGCCAACUUGUGGGAGGAAUGCAAGAAGCUGGAGGCAGAGGGCUAUGCCAUCGAUGCGCGGGUGGGCACAUUCGCCGAGGGCAUCCUGCUGGCGCAGAGAUUGAAGCUAUAGGUUCAUCAAGAUGAAGGUGGAUAUGAAGGAUUUACUACUAUAGAGCCGUCAUUUCUGAUUCCAUCUCGUUGGAGGAAAAUGGGUUUGGGAGGAACAACAGCAUCAUCAGCAUUAGCAUCAUACGCAUCUAUCAGGGGCUCUUCAGCUACCUAUAACUUGUUUUCUUGGCGCAGGCCCUGCCAA